AUGAAGAACAUGAAAUAUGGAAUAAAGAACGAGAAGAAUAAAACACCUAGAGAAUUAUUCUCAGUCCAACAUGAUGGUUUGGCCAAAGAGGCGGAAAAGUGGAUGAAAGAAACAGCACAAGCGUGUAUGAUUGUCACGACCCUCAUAGCCACGGUUAUGUUGGCAGCCGCUUUUACUCUACCUGGUGGCAGUGAUCAAAAUACAGGUCGUCCCCUACGUGCAACAACGACGCCUUUCAAGAUUUUUAUAAUUUCAGAUGCAGUGUCGCUCUUCUCUUCGUGCACAUCUGUUUUGAUGUUCUUCGCUAUAUUAACAUCACGCUAUGCAGAAAUGGAUUUCUUGACAUCUUUGCCCAAGAAAAUGAUACUUGGUCUCUCCACCCUCUUUAUAUCUAUAGCAACCAUGAUGGCAACUUUUGCAGCAACGCUGGUUAUUGUGCUUCCUGGAGAAGCUUCUUGGGUUUACAUUCCAGUGUCUGUCUGA